AUGCACUGUAAUAUUACCUCUAUAAAGAAACACAAAGAAGAAUUAUUAGCAAGGUUCAGUAUAUUCGAUAUUAUAUCAAUCAAUGAAACCAAUUUAAAACCAGAACAACUGUUUUCACUUCCUGGAUACAACAUAUACAGGAAUGACAGAGAAAACAAACAAGGAGGUGGAGUCUUAAUAGCAAUACGUAAUAAUAUUCAAAGUUUUGAAAUCUUCAACAAAACAAUCGAAAAUAAUGAAACAAUAGCUGUACAAAUAAAAACACCAGGUGAAUAUCUGCUUAUUGCAUCAAUUUAUAGUCCACCAAAUAUCAAACUACAAUCUGAACUAUUUGAACAAUUAUAUAAUUUGAACAAUAAUUGUCUCAUACUAGGAGAUCUGAAUGCAGCACUUCAAUCUAUGGGAUCUAAAAAAACAAAUACUAAAGGUAUUCAACUACAACAAUUAUUAGAAGAAGGAUAUCUGCAAUGUAUAGAAAAUGAUCUUACGACCUACGCAAGAAACAAUUACGAAGAAAAAAUUGACUGGAUUCUUGCCAGCCAACCAACCAUCUUAUCCAUUAAAAAUAUUGAAACACAUUCAUCUUUUGGUUUGAAAGAAGAUCAUAAACCAUUAACUUUCAACUUAAAUCUAUCGGCUGAAUUUAAACCAAUAUCACCUCGAAUACCGUACAAUAUCAAUGCUGCAAAUUGGAAACUAUAUAGAACUAAAUUAAAUGAAUUCUUGAGCAAAAUUGAUGAAAAACAAACAAUUACAACAACACAACAAAUUGAAAAAUAUACAACUGAUUUGACAGAAAGCAUUAUCUUAGCAAUGGAGGCAGCAAUUCCACCAACAAAUAAUACAAUUAAAAAUUAUAAAAUUUCAAGAGUAACUAAAAAACUCAUUGAAAAUAAGCAUCGAGCAUAUCGACAAUGGAAAAAAACGAACAAUGAUGCUGAUAAAAAAGAUUAUUAUAACAAAAGAGAGUUAUUAAACAAUUCUCUUCGAAACGAUCGCAUUGAUCGUUUAAAUAGUACCAUGUCAGCAUUACGAGCAAACAAGAUGAACUCUUCUCAAGUAUGGGCUGCAGUCCGCAAAUUCUACAAUAAAAGAACGAAGCAGUCAUAUACAGGUGAACUUAGAUAUCAAAAUAUAAUUGCCAACACCGAUUACGAAAAAGCGAAUAUGUUUGCAUCAUACUUCGAAAAUGAAGUUUUUUCAGAAAAACCUGAUCAAUCACCAUUUCAUGAACAAAUCCGAAGACAUGUUGAAUCAUUUAAAACAAAAAUUAGAUGGAAGAAACAAUUAAAUAAAAACAAACCACCCCCAAUAUCUAGCAAAGAAAUAAAACAAAUACUUAAACAACUCCCGAACAGUUCACCAGGACCAGAUAAAAUACAUAAUCGCUGUCUUAAAAAUUAUACAACAUCACUAGUCCAACAUCUCGAAAAGAUCUUUAACUCAAUCAUUGAUAUUGGUCAUAUACCUGUGGCAUGGAAACAAGCCAAUAUCAUCCUUUUACUUAAACCCAAAAAGGACAAAAAGCAGCCAUCUAGCUACAGACCAAUCAGCCUUUUAAGCUGUUUAGGAAAAAUUUUAGAAAAAAUUAUUAAACAGAGAAUGAUGAAAGAACUAAAUGAAAGGAACAUAUUACCGAUUCAUCAAGCUGGCUUUCGCCCUAACAGAAGCACAUUAUACAACAUCACAAGACUCGAGAGAUUCGCACACGAACAACUCAAUAAACGUGCACAUGCUGCAGUUAUAUUUUUUGAUAUUAAAGGAGCAUUCGACGCCGUAUGUGGUGCCAAAACUGGAAAUUGA